ACCUUUUAUCAAUAAAGCACGCUCUCCCUCCUUCACCCUAUCUCGGAAAAACUCACUGCGUCAGUCUUCGUAAACUCCUCCACUUCCCAAUAUUUCAGUCAAUAAAGCACCCUCUCUCUCCUUCGACACUUCACCAAAACCCUAUACCCUUUGGAAAGUAAAAUCCUCAAAAGGCUGUAACCUUUCCCAAUGGCUUCAAUCAACUUUAACCCCUUCGAAAGCUGGUUCAGGAAACCUCAAAAUCCAAUCCAACCCAUCAAUCUUCUUUCACUCACCAAAUCAUUCCUCCCCAAUACAUCCGCAGACUCUCCAAAUUUCGCUUCCAUAAAAGCUUCCGGCCUCUUGAGGAAAAAACCUAAGAAAACCGACCCGAAUUCUGACAAGCCUGGGCCCUACAAGCAGAUGCUGGACCAGUUCUUUUGGGAAUGCGAGAACCUCCCAGAUUACAGGCACACUCCAGAAGUCGAAAAGAUUUUGAAGGAAGAUCCUCUUUUUGAGAAGAAAGAGAAUCCAACGGAGGAGGAAAUUAAGGAGAAUGAAAAAUGGUGGCAAGAUUUCAGGACAAGUCCCGUUAUUCAAUUUUUGUCUAGAGCUGAGGAAAUUGCUGAUAAAAUCAAUAGAAUAGAGCUUAAAGAAAAUGAAGAACCGUUUAGAAAGGAAGAUAAGAAGCUUUGGCAAGCGGUUCCGCACGUGAUUGGGUUGGAUGGGAGGCCUAUGCCCAGAAAAGCUAUCAAGACCAGGGAAGAAAGUGAUAAUAAGUUUUGGGAUUUCACAAAGCACUUUUUUCUUGGGCUCUGGGGGUUCCGCCAGCGGCCUUAUCCGCCAGGUCGACCCAUUGAUGUUGCUCAGGCUAUUGGGUAUAAGCGGCUCGAGAGGCGUUACUAUGAUUUUAUUAUGAGGAGCGGAGGCUGGUACUAUAAAGAUCGCUUGGGUCGUACCCGAGGUCCUUGUGAGUUAAUAACCCUCAAAACAGCUUGGGGUGCUGGGAUUAUUGAUAAACACACUUUUAUUUGGGGAGAGGACAUGGAUGAAUGGGCACCAAUUCAUAUGGUUUAUGGCUUGGAACCUGCAAUAGCCACUUGGGAAGUUAGGUUUGGUGCGGCAGCAACAGCUUUCCUUCAUAAACUUCAGAAAGGUAUACCUCCUUGGGUUCCCCUUAAAGGACAUGAGGAGAAAACUUAUAAACAGCUUCAAGAAGAAGCUAUUGAGAGCAAAAGACGUGAUUUGGCAGUCCUAAAAGCUAAUGAUGGCAUAUGGCCUGGAGUUAGAACUCCUAGCCAUGCACUAUUUCUUUGGGCUAGUGGCUCUGAAAUGACAACUCUUUUGGAAUCUGAUCAUAUGCCAAACAAAUACAUUUCAAAAGAUCUUCGGCGCAAAUUGGCCAAAGUUAUCCCUGGAUUAAGGCCGUGGGAAGUUUUAAGUGUUGAGCAAGCAAUGGAUGAGAUUACAUAUGGUGGAAAGUGGUACCGUGAACCUCUUGGUAGCUACACAACAGGUCCUCCUUACAUCGCAGAAUGGAAUAGGGAUGUCCAGCAAACGCUUCAAGUCUUUCACUCCGUUAGCCGCGCACUCUACAAAAAACUGGAAAGGACAAUACCUGGUUUCAAGGCAAUAAUGAAGAAGGUAGAGGCUGAUGCUGAUGCAAGGAAUGCUAGAAGGAAGGAAGAAAGGGAAGCAUAUAGGAAAGCUAAGGAGGCAGCCAAACGCCAUUGAUCAUACAUCUUUGAAACGAGAUGGUUUUUGAUUCUUGUGAAAAGGGUAGGCAGUGUUUUUUCUUAAAUGGUAAAUGGUGAUCAAUGUUGAACUCUGUACGUGAUACACUUAAUGAAUUGAUGCCACCAAUACUGAUUAAUGAAAGUCUUGUUUGAGCAUGUCUGCUUCA